CUGUUGUUUAUCAGGACUCAUCUGGAUAUAAAGACACGUCAACAGCGCCUCCAUCUUAGAUAGGUCCACUCCAUUGACUUUAGUUACAAAUAAAUAUAUUUUCGGACAAUGCCAGUACAGUGCGCAGCGUACGGCUGUAAGAAUCGGCGCAAUGCAAACCUGAGAAAACAAGGGGUCACUUUCCACAGGUUUCCCACUGAUGCUAAAUUGAGAAAAAUUUGGGAGAAUGCACUCAGAAAAGAGGGAUUUUCAGCCACUCCACAUUCAGUCCUGUGCAGCCAGCAUUUUACAGAGGAUGCCAUUGACAGAACUGGGCAGAUUGUCCGUCUCCGUGAAGGAGCCAUCCCAUCAGUUUUUAAUUUUCCAGCACACCUCCAGAAAAAACCUGUUAAACCAAGAAAGACUGUAACAUCACAGAAGGCUGCUGCUCCAUUUGAAGUAGUGGUGGUGAAAGCAGACAGCAAUGCCAACAAAGGAGAAACAGAAACUCUGGUUUGUGAUGAGCAUUCUUAUGCACUGGAUCCUUCACCAAACAGGGUGAAAGACAGAUUGGCACAGGCCCUGGCAAACAUGGAACGCCUCCAGCGUCAACUCCGUAAUGCUAAGGACAGAGAAAGGAGGUGCAAGACAACACUAAAGAGUGCAUUGGAUGACCUUAAAGAAAGAAAUCUCAUCACCGAUGAACUUCAUCAAAGACUGGACAUGUAUUCAAGUCUUUAGAAAUCCCCAAAUCUUGCGAACUUUUUAAAAAUUGCACAGUGCUGCUUUAAAAGGAAAUAUGAAUUAUGUGAGUUUUGCAGCACAAAAGAGAAGGGCGGUAUGUCAGUAAAUGUGCUCAUUCUCCAAAAAUCUUGUUUAAAUGCUCCAUGCAUGCCAUUCCUUUUGGAUUUAUCCUUUGAAGGCCCUCUUUGUGUUACCCUGGUGCUUGUACUGGAUCCGGGAGCUAUCUUGGAUUCCUCACCGUUUUGCUGGAGCUUUUCCUUUGCCACCUUAUACAAAACGACUGUGUUCGAUGAAUUAUGUAAAAUAGCUUUAGCCUGUAAAUGUUGCCUUGUUUUUGCAAAUAAAUGUAUACUAUUUUGUAGUUUUAUUUA